AUGAUCGAUAGCUCCAAGAAGCAGCAACAGGGCUUCUCCGAGAUUUUACCUGCAGGGGAUGUGAAGCCGCUGAAGGAGAAGGAAUGCCUUGAGGGGAACAGCCAGAAAAGUCUCAGGGAAGUAACUGUGUUAGAUGUGGAAUUGUUAGUGCUGGAACUGCACACAGUGCUUCAGCUGAGGCUGCAACAAAGACGGACACGAGAACAGCUGGUGGACCAGGGCAUCAUGCCACCUUUGAAAAGUCCAGCUGCAUUCCAUGAGCAGAUAAAGAGCCUGGAGCGAGCCAGGACUGAAAAUUUUUUGAAGCACAAGAUUCGCAGCAGGCCGGACCGGUCUGAGCUGGUCAGAAUGCACAUCCUCGAAGAGACUUUUGCAGAGCCUUCACUACAAGCCACUCAGAUGAAACUGAAGAGAGCUCGGUUGGCAGAUGAUCUGAAUGAGAAGAUUGCUCAGAGGCCUGGCCCUAUGGAACUGGUGGAAAAAAAUAUUCUUCCUGUAGACUCCAGCGUUAAAGAAGCUAUUAUAGCAGUUGGACAAGAGAGUUAUCCUCAAGCUUUGGAUGAUUAUUCAUUUGAUGAAGACAGCAGUGAUGCUUUAUCACCAGAUCAGCCAGCCAGCCAAGAAUCCCAGUUUUUUCCCCCGUAUCCACCUUUAACCUCUCCAGUUCCUGAAUUUCUCAAAACUCCCUCUACAAUCGAACAGCAUGUUACACGGUCUACUGCUACAAGCACCCUGCCCACAAAUACUGUAUCUGCAGCAAAGCCCGGGCCAACGUUAGUAAAGCAAAGCCACCCAAAGAACCCAAAUGAUAAGCAUCGGAGCAAAAAAUGUAAAGAACCUAAGCCAAGGGUGAAAAAAUUGAAGUAUCAUCAAUACAUUCCACCUGAUCAGAAAGGUGAGAAAAAUGAGCCACAGAUGGACUCCAACUAUGCUCGUCUGCUACAACAGCAGCAACUGUUUUUGCAGCUGCAGAUCCUGAGCCAACAGCAACAACACUACAACUACCAGACAAUUCUACCUGCACCGCUGAAGCCACUGAAUGACAAACAGAGUAGCAACGGGAAUACGCCACUGAAUACUUUGAACAACAGUACACCAACAUCAGCUGCCAGCUCACCGAGACAGAAUAGUAAUAUUCCUAGCCGGAAACCAGGACCUCUGCCUUCAAGCUUGGAUGACUUGAAG